AUGAGUCAGUCUUCUGGAAACCGCAUCCCCCGUCAUACCGCUACCAGGAAGCCACCAGCACCUGUACUGAUGCGGGAGGACGCUGUGAAGCAGUACAUCAAUGGGAAGCUAGGACGUGGAGCUCCUGUCAAGAUUCCAGGGAUGCCGGAGAACACGCUAUACGUGCCAAUCGACCAGCUCGGUCGACUUCAGGAAGUUUUAAGAGGAAAUAAGGAGUAUCAAGAGAAGAUGAAGAUUCUGACAUCCCAGCUGGCUCUCCUCGAAGCGAUGAGGAUGGAAAAGAAGAGAUUGGAUGAGCUCAACCUGAGAGAAAAAGCGAAGCUGAUUGCGGACACUAUUGCUUACAACCAUCGCAAGCGAGUUUUUGAGAGUGUUGUGGAGGAUGAGAAGAAAAAGGAAGCAAAAGUUGUCAACGUGGACAACAGAAAACCGUUUGCCAGCAGAAACAAGAAAUAUUGUUAA